AUGUUGAGAUUUUUUCCUCUUUUAGUUCCGAAAGGUGGCUCUUUUAGCGCCAUUCUCAAGGCAUCUGCAAAUAACGCCCCUUUCGAUGUAAUCAAAGAAUUUGCCAUUUUGUUAAAUCAAGCCAAUUUACGAGGAUUGAGAUGUUCAGAUUCUUUGGCAAAGAUCGAGUUUCUUGAUAAGGAACCUACUAUGUCUGAGCGAAGCCGAAUGGUUCCUGCAAAAAAAGAGCACAUUCUUAAGCUUAUGAAGGAAAUGCCCGAAACUAUUAAAAAUUGGAGGAAAGAUAGGAAGUUGCUAAAGGAAGCUUCUAAACCGAAGUAUCCCUUUUAG